CCGAUGUCCCGGAUUGCCCGUGUCAAAACAUACAUGGACAGCUGCAUGUGCCUGCAGUAUGCAGGUAUGCAUGUAGCCAUGUGGGUGUCCAGGUGCAGUCAUGUGCAGCCGUGGAGCAGUCGGGUGCUUGAGGCUGACAUGAUGACUGUCACGGAAUUCCAGAGCCGCUUCUGCUUCGGAUUGAAGCUUACGGAAUUGACAGUGAAUACGACAGAUGCCAGGGGGAAGGCAUCUUUAGCAUCAUCGUCCUCUGGGGUUUUGAAUGGGAAACGUCAGAAGGGGAACCUGGUGCACAAGCUAAUCGAGGUAUCUGGAGUGUCAUUGUAUUGGGACCCCAAUGAUGAGGAGGUGGGAGAUCUUGGCAACAAUCAGAUGGAGGCAGCUCAAGAUGAAGAGGAAGAGGAAGCAGAGGAGGAAAGAGUGGGUGAGAGCCUGUAUAGGGAUCAGAUGGGGGACUUGGUUGCUGAUGACAGGUACAACACAUCCAAGAGUUGCAGCACAAGUGGGGAUGCAAGCCCUCGUUGGUGGGGUGGAGUUGAGCGUAAGCAUGAUUUUGCGGGAAGCAGAAGGCAAAAGUGCAUGUACAUUCUGAAACCUGUGAAGGCAACGGCCAAAUUGACGGUCAGUGCAAAAUGCAGUGUUUGGGAAGAUCUGUUUGUUCGACUUUGUUUGGGCAUUACUAAUCGGCUUACCACAUGUCAAGAGGUCUGAGUCAGGGGUUUUUAUAUUUUCUCAAUUUUUCUGUCAAAUUUCUGGUAACUGCACUCUGUUUUCUGCCAAAUUUCUGCCAGUGGUGUGAGGAUAUGUGUCUAUCCAUACUAAUGACACAAUUGCGUGCAUAAUACUAUGAACUCUUUCAUAUCAUUUGUGAGUCGGUCAUUCUAGCUAUAUUUGGGGCAAUCUUCAGUCUACAUACAGCGAUAAUGACCAUGCGUUCUAUUCGGGGGGUGACUCUAGUUGAUGGUAGUAGGGCUGCGAACCUGCAAUUUCUUGUAGACACAAUCAAGUGAAUCAGUAGGUUUAUGUUUAGUAGGUACCACGGGCCUGAGGAUGUAUGUCGAACUUUAUCCACAUUAUCCCUGAUGCAACACCAGA